CAGAUAGAAAGAGGAGAGCGAAAGAGAGAGAGAGAGAGAGAGAGAAAGAGGAAUUCCCUCGCACAAGCAAAAGCUACUGCCAGGGCGUGUAUCAGAUUCUAUGGCUCUCAGAAUGUGCUGUUAUAAAUGUAGCCGAUACCUGUAGCUGAAGGAGGUGUAGGCUACAAUCCAGUGGGUGCAGGAUGUAAGGACUACCAGCUACAACAAGCCUUCGGGUAUAUCUGAGGAAGGAACGUCCAUUUAUUUCUGUCUGGAGGCAACAUCAUAUUUGACAUCGCGCCGAGUCCCUUUGGAAGAGGCUUCCUCCACUUCUGCCCAGACUGAGAAAAUCAACCUGACAGAGAGGCGCCUGUCUGGACUCCAGGGGACAGAGGUCUCUGCGUUUAUUAUAGGGCCGCAACUUGGCAACAAACUGCAAUAUGCCAUCACCGGAGUUGAAAUGCAGAGUCUUCUUGUAGGGGGAUUCGCUGUACUGGCCGCGCUUUAAAACAUGACAGGUCAGGUCCUGGGGAAACCGAGCGGCGAGGCUCACAUGGAUAACAACGCCGCCAUCAGCAUCAACGUGGGCGGCUUUAAGAAGCGUCUCCAGUCCGACACUCUCUCCCGGUUCCCUGAGACCAGGCUUGCGCGCUUACUCCACUGUCAGUCCAAAGAGUCCAUACUGGAGCUGUGCGACGACUACGACGACACAGAGAAAGAGUUUUACUUCGACAGGAAUCCAGCACUCUUCCCCUACGUAUUGAAUUUUUAUAACACGGGCCGGCUGCACGUCAUGGCCGAGCUGUGCAUCUUCUCCUUCAGUCAGGAGAUUGAAUACUGGGGUAUCAACGAGUUCUUUAUUGACUCUUGCUGCAGCAACGCCUACCACUGUAGGAAAAUGGACCAGGACCGAGAGGACUGGGAUGACAGAAGCGAUGAAGGGAGCACCACUUCAUCUUUUGACGAGCUGCUGGAGUUUUACAGCGACGCCACCAAGUUUGACAAGCAGCUGCUCGGGAGCGCACGGAGGCGCGUCUGGUUAAUGCUGGAUAACCCCGGCUACUCAGUGGCCAGCCGCAUCAUCAGCAUCCUGUCUAUCCUGGUGGUGCUUGGCUCCAUCGCCACUAUGUGCAUGAACAGCAUGAGCGAGUUCAGCGUGUUGGACAGUGAAGGGCAACCCACAGAGGACCCCCGUUUCGAGACUGUGGAGCACUUUGGUAUUGGUUGGUUCACUCUGGAGCUGGUCGCCAGGUUCGCAGUGGCGCCAGAUCUUCUGCAUUUCUUCGAGCACCCGUUAAAUGUGAUAGACUUGGUGUCCAUACUUCCGUUUUACUUGACACUCCUUAUAAACCUGGUGGUGGAGAGCAGCCCGGCGCUGGCUAACCUGGGACGCGUAGCGCAAGUGCUGAGGCUGAUGAGGAUUUUCCGCAUCCUGAAGCUGGCCCGUCACUCCACGGGGCUGCGCUCCCUUGGGGCCACCCUCAGGAAUAGCUACAAAGAAGUGGGCCUGCUGCUUCUCUACUUGGCCGUCGGGGUGUCGUUUUUCUCAGUCAUGGCCUACACGGUGGAGAAAGAGGACAGCGAGGAUCUCUCUACCAUCCCGGCGUGCUGGUGGUGGGCCACCGUAAGCAUGACCACCGUUGGGUACGGAGAUGUGGUGCCGGUGUCCAUAGCGGGCAAGCUGACCGCCUCGGCGUGCAUCCUGGCCGGGAUCUUAGUAGUUGUGCUUCCGAUUACGCUAAUUUUUAAUAAAUUCUCUCUCUUCUACAAGAGACAAAAACAACUGGAGGUCGCAAUGAGAAGCUGCGAUUUCGACGAAGGGAUAAAAGAGGUGCCCUCUGUCAACCUGAGGAACUAUUACGCACACAAAGUCAAAUCCCUCAUGGCGAGCUUGUCAAACAUGAGCCGGAGUUCACCCAGUGAACACAGUCUUAAUGAGUCAAUACACUGAACCAGUUUUAGCAGGACACCAGGUCAGUUUGGGUGACACUGUUCAUUCAAUGUGGCUGCACGAGGAGCUGUCCAAAGUGCUGAAACUCUAGGUCGAAAGCCCACUUCUUCCACUGAUGUCUGACCGUUUGCCUCUCUGUAGCUCAGUGCAAUAAUGUGUUAAUCUAUGUGUCAGUCUCAAUGAGAAAGUAAGCAAAUGUACAGGACAGCCUAAAUAUGAUAUUUCACUGUGCAUUAUAAUGGCCCUUCACCAAAUAGGCCAACAUUUGGCCACACAAAAUUAAAAAGACAAACAAUGCUGUAGUUGUUUACAUUCCUAGGUGGUGUCACACUGUAGUCCACCCUCCAGCUGUACUUGUUGUGAUCAAAUAUGUCUGAAAGUAUACUCCAGCUGUAUCUCUUUUGAAGAAUGUUGAUGUGUAAUUGUUAUGUUGCAACAAGAUUACUUCAGAUGUGUGGUUAAAGCAAAUUGUAUUAAA